UGGAGCAAGAGAUGACCAAGGAGGGUUGGAUUGAGAGAAUGGUCAAAAUAGUUCAUGGAACUGAUGUGAAAGGGAAAUAUUCAGGGCUGAAAGACUAAGCCGUCACUGCAUCCAGAUCUUCUUCGAUUUGCUCUUUUUGAUAGUCAACUUUGCUGUAACUGUGUUGGAAUAGAGGUGUUCCUCUGGUUUUAUUUGUACUGAGAUUCUUAGUUUUUUUUUCUAAAACGGAUUUUAUUGAUCUACGAAAUAGAUGUUAAACUAGACCACAAGGAGGAGAUCGUUGGAUCUUCAAACAAACUUGUUCGUUGGAGAAGACGUGGUUUCAGAAGCAUAAAAAUGGGAGGAUGAAACCAGGACGCUCCGUAAGAAUCCGAUUAGGAACUAGCCUACAAUGACGACAAGUGCGCCUACUGUUUUUUUUGAAACAGAGAAGGGGGCAGAUGCCCAGCUUUCCUCCUCAAACAACUCUUCAGUUGCUGCCUCCUGCAAUAUUGAUGAGUCCUACAAGUACAUCUUCUUGCCCAUUUGCUACUCCUUUACAUUUGUCUUCAGUAUAACCCUUAACUUUGUGGUUCUCUACCGUUCCUUUCGACACACCAGGCACUGGAACGCGUCCCUGAUUUACAUGGUGAACCUAGCCACAACAGACUUCAUGUAUGGUUUAUCCCUGCCUUUUUUGGUGGCCAGUUAUGUCAUGCGGGACGACUGGGUGUUUGGAGACUUCAUGUGCCGUCUAGUGCGUUUCCUCUUCUACUUCAACCUCUACUGCAGCAUCUUCUUCCUCACUUGCAUAUCAGUGCACCGCUACCUAGGCAUCUGCCACCCCAUGAAGACCAUCACCUUGGAGACCAAACGAGCAGUUAAGGGCACUUGUGUUCUGGUGUGGAUUGCCGUUUUUGCACUAACAUGCCCAAUUUUCCGUUUUGCAAAGACACAGAAUCUUCCACGUGAAGGUAAGGGCUCGAGGGAGAUGUUCAUUAAUUGCUGGGAUGAUGCAAUUGAUAAAGAAUUCCAUGAUUACAUCCCUUAUGGGGUCACGCUUCAUUUCUUGGGCUUUUUUGUGCCGUUCAGCAUCAUUGCCUGGUGCUACUCACGUGUAGUGUUAACAAUAUUUCGGACGCUGCACUCUCAACCUCCUCCUCCUCAAAGAGUCAGAAGUGGGACGGGCUGUGAAAGUGUCGCAGGAAUUGGGGGAGAGGGCAUGUCAAUCAUCUUGGGGGCUCAAUCACCUUAUGUCAACAGACGGCGCAAGUCCAUCAAGACCAUAAUUACCAUCACUCUCCUCUUUGCUCUUUGCUUCUUCCCCUUCCAUGUCACUCGCACUAUUUUCCUACUACUGAAAGUGACGAGUAAGGUGCAGUGCCACACCUUGCGCAUGGUUUCCAUCUGUUAUAAAAUCACUCGACCGCUGGCAUCAUUCAAUGCCUGGCUGAAUGCACUACUUUACUUUCUUACUAAAGAGAAAAACGGGCCCUGUUGUCAAAAACCUGAACAUGCCCAUCAUGGCCUGCUAUGGCCACUUAAAAUGCUGGGAAAAGGAGAGGAAGAGGAGAAUGAAUUUGAAGAGAUAAGGAACCACAAGGAAAAUGGUCCAACAGAUAAAAAAAAUACACACAGAGGCCUGCCUUAAGCAAUGAGCAGGUAAACAUGUGACAGCCCAGGACAUCAACAAGUGAACCUGGUGGACCUGCCUUCAUAUGGGAUUUAUUUGAAACAAACAGAUGUUUUUGUUAUAUUCUCUGUAUUUGUAUAUUUCUGUGUGUUCACAUUAAACAUGGAGGAUCUUGUAGUUUUGUAUUUUCAAGACCCCUUAAAGAUUGUUUUACUUGUUGAUUGCCUGGGUGGUUAGUUUAUAUAUAUAUAUAUAUAUUAGUUAUUGUGUAUGUAUAUGUAUAAGGUUGAAUAUUGAUUUAGUUUUAGUAAUUGCAAACACACACACAUAUAUAGAAUAAUAAGUUAAUUUAUAAGGUGUCUUAUGUCUGCAGUUGUUGGCAUACCUCAGGGUGGACACAUUUCGUGCAGGGUCUAUGUUUAGCGCUGUCAUGGAUUAAUAUGUCAUGUUGUGAAUAAUUAAACUGUUCUAAUAAACAUUUUCUGAACCUGUUUAAAUGAAAAUCUAAUUAUGACUGUGAUCUUUUGAAGUCACUAUACAUUAUUAAGCACUCUUUCAGAUUGGGAUGUCUUUGUGUGUGUACAGAAUCUAAAUUUAUUGUAGAAUAAAA